AUGGCCAAAAGUCCAACUUUAGAACGCAUCCGGUGCAAGUUGGAUAGAAAAAGAUUGUGGACUGUAACUUGCACACUCUUUGCCACUACUCUAAAGCGGUUGGUUCCUCUAGUUGUUGGCUUUCCUUGCACAUUUGGUGUUGAGAGAGAAAGUCUAGUUAAGGAGAAGAUGGGGGAGAAGGGUGAAGUUUUGGAUGCUGUCUUGAAGGAAACUGUGGAUUUGGAAAACAUACCCAUUGAGGAAGUGCUUGAGAAUCUGAGAUGUAGCAGGGAAGGUCUCACAACUCAGGCUGCUGAGGAGAGGCUAACCAUUUUUGGUCACAACAAGCUUGAAGAGAAAAAGGAGAGCAAACUCUUGAAAUUCUUGGGCUUUAUGUGGAAUCCUCUCUCAUGGGUCAUGGAGGCUGCUGCUAUCAUGGCUAUUGCUCUUGCAAAUGGAGGAGGAAAGCCUCCAGAUUGGCAAGACUUUGUGGGUAUUAUUACUCUGCUUUUGAUUAACUCUACUAUCAGUUUUAUUGAGGAAAAUAAUGCGGGUAAUGCUGCUGCUGCUCUCAUGGCUAGUCUUGCUCCCAAAGCUAAGGUUCUUCGAGAUGGAAGAUGGAGUGAGCAAGAUGCUGCUGUUUUAGUUCCUGGUGACAUCAUUAGUAUCAAACUUGGAGAUAUUAUUCCAGCUGAUGCUCGUUUAUUAGAAGGCGAUCCUCUUAAAAUUGACCAAUCUGCACUUACUGGUGAGUCCCUUCCGGUGACAAAAGGUCCUGGAGAUGGUAUUUACUCUGGUUCUACUUGCAAACAAGGAGAGAUUGAAGCGAUAGUUAUUGCCACCGGUGUCCACACCUUCUUCGGGAAGGCUGCUCACCUUGUGGAUACAACUAACCAAGUCUUGACUGCAAUCGGGAACUUCUGCAUAUGUUCUAUUGCUGUUGGGAUGAUUAUAGAGAUUAUUGUCAUGUACCCCAUCCAAGAUAGGCAGUAUCGUCCUGGAAUUGACAAUCUUCUUGUGCUUCUCAUCGGAGGAAUUCCAAUUGCCAUGCCUACGGUCCUCUCGGUCACAAUGGCUAUUGGUUCUCAUAGGUUAUCUCAGCAGGUUGGCCAAGUUCUUGAGAAUGGAGCCAUCACGAAGAGAAUGACUGCAAUUGAAGAGAUGGCUGGCAUGGAUGUGCUUUGCAGUGACAAGACUGGAACAUUGACAUUAAACAAACUUACUGUGGACAAAAAUCUUAUUGAGGUUUUUGCAAAAGGAGUAGAUGCAGAUGCUGUUGUUUUGAUGGCAGCUCGAGCCUCUAGAAUAGAGAACCAAGAUGCAAUAGAUACUGCUAUUGUAGGAAUGCUGGCUGAUCCUAAGGAGGCACGUGCUGGAAUUCAGGAAGUUCAUUUCCUUCCUUUCAAUCCUACUGAUAAGCGGACAGCCUUGACUUAUAUUGAUGCUGGAGGUAAAAUGCACAGAGUCAGCAAAGGCGCACCAGAACAGAUUCUAAAUCUUGCACACAAUAAGUCAGACAUUGAGCGAAGAGUACAUACCGUGAUUGAUAAAUUUGCAGAAAGAGGUUUACGUUCUCUUGCAGUAGCAUACCAGGAGGUUCCAGAAGGAAGGAAAGAGAGUGCCGGAGGGCCUUGGCAAUUUAUUGGCCUCAUGCCCCUUUUUGAUCCACCAAGGCAUGACAGUGCAGAUACAAUUAGGAGGGCUUUGAAUCUUGGAGUAAAUGUUAAAAUGAUUACUGGGGAUCAACUUGCGAUAGGGAAGGAAACUGGACGUCGUUUAGGAAUGGGAACCAACAUGUACCCUUCAUCUGCAUUGCUAGGACAAGACAAGGAUGAGUCUAUUGUUGCUUUACCGAUUGAUGAAUUAAUAGAAAAAGCUGAUGGGUUUGCUGGCCUUGACAUGCCUAUCAUUUCAGAGCACAAAUAUGAGAUAGUAAAACGCUUGCAAGCUAGGAAACAUAUCUGUGGGAUGACUGGUGAUGGAGUCAAUGAUGCUCCUGCUCUUAAGAAGGCUGACAUUGGGAUUGCUGUUGCUGAUGCAACUGAUGCAGCUCGUAGUGCUUCUGAUAUUGUACUUACUGAGCCUGGUCUUAGUGUCAUUAUCAGUGCUGUCUUGACAAGUCGAGCAAUCUUUCAGAGGAUGAAAAAUUACACCAUCUAUGCGGUUUCCAUAACAAUCCGUAUUGUGCUUGGUUUCAUGCUGCUGGCCCUCAUCUGGAAGUUUGAUUUUCCACCUUUUAUGGUGCUUAUCAUUGCCAUUCUCAAUGAUGGUACCAUUAUGACAAUAUCAAAAGACAGGGUGAAACCAUCUCCUCUUCCAGACAGCUGGAAGCUGGCAGAGAUAUUUACAACUGGAAUUGUUCUUGGUAGUUAUCUGGCAAUGAUGACAGUCAUAUUCUUUUGGGCAGCAUAUAAAACAGACUUCUUCCCUAGGGUAUUUGGAGUGUCAACUCUAGAGGCAACAGCUCAUGAUGACUUCCGAAAGCUUGCAUCAGCAAUUUACUUACAAGUGAGCACUAUCAGUCAAGCACUUAUAUUUGUCACCCGAUCUCGAAGUUGGUCGUAUGUUGAACGUCCUGGGUUAUUACUUGUGGUGGCUUUUAUCAUUGCUCAGCUGAUUGCCACUCUGAUUGCAGUCUAUGCAAAUUGGAGCUUCGCAGCAAUUGAAGGCAUUGGUUGGGGUUGGGCUGGUGUAAUUUGGCUCUAUAACAUCAUCUUCUAUAUCCCACUUGACGUCAUCAAAUUCAUUAUCCGCUAUGCUUUGAGUGGGAGGGCCUGGGAUCUUGUUAUUGAGCAAAGGAUUGCUUUCACAAGGCAAAAAGAUUUUGGGAAGGAACAACGUGAGCUUCAGUGGGCACAUGCUCAGAGGACAUUGCAUGGGUUGCAACCACCAGACACAAAGAUGUUCACUGAGCGAACCCAUUUCACAGAACUCAAUCAUAUGGCUGAAGAAGCAAAAAGAAGAGCUGAAAUUGCAAGGUUGAGGGAACUCCAUACACUCAAGGGUCAUGUAGAAUCUGUGGUGAGACUGAAGGGCCUCGAUAUAGACACAAUUCAACAAGCAUACACAGUCUGA